UGACUCGCCCAUCCUAUGAAAAAAUAGUACAACCUCUCAAUACAAUUUUGUACCAAAAUUCUGUGAGAGAGACUUAAGAUUUGCCCUGGAUUGUUCGUUCCUAGUGAGAAAGAGUUUUAAAUUUCAAACUCUCCUCCCUCCAGACGUGUCGAAAUAGCCUCCCCAGCUAGACCUUGAAUCAAAACUUCAUUGUUUAUAGUAGUGUUACAAUUAGUAGUGUUACAAUUAGUGUUACAAUUAGCAGUGUUACUAAUAAUACUAAUGGAUAAGUAUUGCAUUUCUGCAAGUCGCGUAUGACCAAUCAAGCCGACCAGCCCGGAGAUCCUCUUGCCAAAUCAAGCAAUUAAGGGUUAUUUGAUGCCAAACAACCAACAGCCUGCGCCAAACUUGGAUUCCAAAUUGUUUAAAGAAACAUGGGCUCCUGGGAUGCAAAAGAAGUCACUUUUGAAGCUUUUAUCCUGGAGAAUUAUUUCAAAGGAACUUUUGAAGAUAGAAAAACAGUUUCUUCCAGCUGUUCAUCGCUUACUCUAACAAGCACCACUGAAAACAAACCCGAUCAUUCCCCCACCAAUCCACGACCCACUGGUUCCAGAGUCCAAUUCCUAAAUUUACACCAAGUCUAUCAAAAAGUCCAAAGCAGAGUGGGUCGCGAGUCCAAGCAAAGAUUAGUAGAUGCUAGAGUGAGGAUGGUUGUGACCUUUGAUGCCCAGAUUGAAGGGAUUCAAAUUUUUGUUGAAAGAGUUCCAGAAGCGGCCGCGUUGCUUGGGGACAAUACUGGACGAGUAGAACUGGAGCCGAGGAUGGGAGACUUGGUUUUGAAUAAGCAAUACCUAUCCGUCGACCUGGAUUCCGUGUAUCUCUCUCCGCAAGGCAUGCCGGUCUACAAGCUUUCAACGGUCGAUGCUGAAAAAAGGAAUCGCUUCCGUAUCGUCGUGGUUAUCAAGUUCAUCGAUGGGACCAAAUCUAAGCCUUAUUUCAGCCGUCCUUUCCUGAUCCGAAGCAGACGUUCAUCAAGACAAGAUUCCUCCUAGGAAAAAAAACACACUUGAUUGCAGAUUCAUUCAUCGUUUUUCGAAUAAUAUCUAACGAAGCCCUCGAGCUGAUUUGAUAAUGUCAAGGUGGUGUUAGAGGAUACUAUACGUAAAAAAACGAAAACUACACAACAAUCCUGAAAUGAACAGGCGAUUCGAGUACCAUUUUGAUAGCUCUUUUAUAUGAGUAUUUUUAUCAUCUUUUGUACUAUAUUUAUUAGUAGUCAAUCAAAAAAUAUCGCGUAAAGUUAGAUGAAAUCGUAUAAUGUUUAUAUGUUUCACUGUAAAUUUUGUAAUUGUGAAAUGUUGUUUAAAACUUUCCUUGCAGACAAAAAAAGAAAUAAAAAGAAAGGAAAAAAGGAAGGAAA